CAAAAACUAGUGUUGAACGAUGGGUUCCAUACUUCAUGGUUCACUUGUGAAUUGGUCUGGGAAUUAUCUUCCCCUUUUACUUGGCAUGCUAGCCGGAUGCCUUUUAUUUAGUGCGCAUCGCAGGAUAGGAGAUGAGGGAAUUUGUCCUGUGACUAAUACAUCAAACAAUAUUCCCCCUUCAAGCAUAGGCAGAAAACUUCGGAUUCUGUGUUACAUUAAUACAUUUCCACGGAACUAUGAGGCUCAGGCUAUCCAUGCCCAAAGGACUUGGGCUCGUCGAUGUGACAGGUUUUAUUUUACCAGUACUGUUAGGCAUUCAGAAUUAUCGGUUUUAGUUAUCAACAUGACUCAACCAGAGAUCAAACGACAUUUAUGGGUGAAGAUGAGGAAGAUCCUGCGCGAAGUCUACCGACAGGCUGACGAAUAUGACUACUUUUUCAAAGCAGAUGACGACGCAUACGCUGUUAUUCCAAACCUGCGUAGAUUUUUAAUCAGCCACAACGACCCACUAGAGCCAGUCAUGUGGGGCUACCGUUGGAUGAAACUAUGUCCCGGCGGUUUCUUCUCGGGCGGACCGGGAUACGUUCUUACGCGUACUGCCCUUAAACGAAUUGUCGAGCGGGCUAUUGACCGGCAUCCAGAUUGUCCUACUACAGAUGAAGAUAAAGAAGACGUUAAAAUGUGUCUUUGUGGUCAAGCCGUUAGUGUCAAGUUGAAGGACGCAAAAUGGAAAAAUCGAACAGACCUUUUCUACCCGUUUAACCUUACACUGCGCACUGAUCUUAUGGCAAGAAAUAAACUAAAAGCAAUAUUGAAUCGCAAACAGGUUUCCGAUUCUGAUCUCAAAUCUAUCAAGGUCGACUUCAGCAGCGCACAUGUUGGGUUCCAUUAUGUCAAGGGUACGGAAAUGUACAUAUUUGAAUUUCUGAUCUAUUUUCUGCGUCCCAUUGGACUUGAUUAACGCUGAAAGUCAUCCGUUUUCCGACAGUUUUACGGAUUAUUUAGUAGUCUUCCUCAGUCUUUGGUCGCAGAUUGGAAACUACCCUCUGAAAUGAUUACUUUUUCUCAGUCCUGUGACAUUUUUCAGCAGAUUGACUGUUGAACUACCAGUAUCCCAAGAACUGGCUGGAAAAUUUGACAAAUUGUGCACUACUAUUUCCCAACUUCUUGGGAAAUCAGAAACUUACAAUAUUGUCCCGAAUGAUUGGCCA